AUGAAUUGGUUCAAGCAGCAAUUAGCCAAUGUUGUGGGCACUGAGGAACCUGAACAUGGACCUGACGCAAUUCAGUCGGUAACCAAGCAGAUCGAAAAAAAGCCAUAUACAAUCCUCACCAAGGACGACUUAACAUGGAAGGCACUGGACUAUACCAACGUCGAGACCCGGACUUUUUACUUCAUGUCGGAAGAGGGGAAAACGGCGAUGGCUCAAGUCAUCUAUAGCAACAUUGGCGGCAUCCACACUACGUGUCAGUUUAAUACCAAAAUCUUCGACUGCGAGGGUCCUGGAAAACAUCAAUGGUGCUCAGACCCACUGUACAACUAUGGUUUUGACGAGCCGCAGACGGGCUUCUAUGCGGACAACAUCGCAAUGGAACUGAAUGAGGCAGGUGACAUCUACACAAUCAAGUCGGCCGUAAAUGAGGACUGCAUUGUCAAUUUGACUGUGACAAGGAAAUCCCCUGGUUUCCAAGUGGGCGAAGACGGCACAAGCUAUUUUGGGACCGAUCCUACCCAUCCUUGGGGUUCUAUGCGGCAUGCAUUCUGGCCCAGGUGUACUGUGACCGGAACCAUGCAGACGCCGUCGAGUGUAUUCAAAAUGGACGGCAAAGCAAUGUAUGUCUAUGCGCUCCAGGGAAUGAAGCCACACCACUUGGCCGCCAGAUGGAAUUUUGCCAAUUUCCAAGCACCAAACUACUCCGCCGUCCUGAUGGAAUAUACGACACCUCAAUCUUAUGCAAAAACGGUCGUUAGUGUAGGAGGAAUUGCCAAAGAUGACGAAAUCGUUUGUGCUGGUUUGUGUGCUACCAAACAUUUGACUUCGGCUCAAGAGACCGAACACGACUGGCCAGAACCCAAAGAGAUUUCUUUCGAAUGGAAAGGCGAAAAUCAAGAUGGCACACCUGUCACUGGCGAGAUUGUGGGGGAUCUGCCUGCCAAAUCCGAUCGAAUUGACGUCCUUGCCCAUUUACCGGGGUUUGUCAAGUCUUUCAUAAGUGGCGCCACUGGUUUGAAGCCACACAUCUUCCAAUACCUCUCGAAAGACAGUCUCACCCUAAAAGUCAGGGUCGGUGACGAAGAAAUCUCUGAAACGGGCCAGUUAUUCUCCGAGGCCACGUUCAUAUCAUAA